AUGCUGCUGCUGCUUCUCCUCCUCCUCUCCUCCUCAUCUCCUCCUCCUCCUUCUUCUUCCAUUCACCACCCACUUCAUGAGCUUUUUUACUUUCACCUCAUAUUCAAAUCUGUUCUUCCAGUUCCUACUUCUUUCAACUUUUCAUUCCUAUUUUUCCAACUCCCUUUGUCUUUCUUCUUCUGCUUAACCAUUUACUUCUGCUUCUCCAACUCCUUUUCUCUUCCUCUUCAUAUUUUUCUUUUUUUUCACAGUCUCCUUUCUUUUUCCUUCCUUUGUUUACAUUCCCCCUCUUUCUUUCUCUUUUUCAUCCCCUUUCUCCUUCAUUAUAAUCUUCCUGUUUUCUUUUCCCAAUUUUCCUUCAAUGCCAAUUCAGCCAUUGAUUAUCUCCAAAUAUCUGUUUUCUCAAGUCAUUCUUAUAAGGUCUCCAAAGUGUUGCCAAAAAUGGUUUUAUAA